AUGCCAGGGCGCUUCGCUGACCUGCUUAAGGCUGCGACGGCCGACUACGAUGAUGGCGGUGAGGCGAGUGCUGCCGCCGCCGCGCUGUUUCCGCCGAACGAGAAGGGCGGAAGGCAGGCGAGGGUGGGCCAGAUCGUCCGCCUGGCCCUGGCAUCGCUCGUCGGCUGCCUGCUGUGCUCGUCCGUGCUCAGCCUGCCACGUUCGGCCGCCGUCGCCGCCGUCUCCCGCCUGGCCCACACGCCCGGCGAGUGGCUCAUGGCGCGCAUCGGCUUCGAGCGCGCCCUGGCCAAGUCCGCCGAGGAGCUGCGUGCGGCCUGCCAGUCGGAGGAGGAGGAGGAGGCCUUCAACGACGAGCCGCCACCUCAGCCACGGAAGGUCAAGCGCUCAGCUUCGCCUAGUGGCCGUCAAGUCCGCGCAAGCCCGAGCCCGAGCCCGAGCCCGAGCCCGAGCCCGAGCUUGAGCGCGAGCGCCGAUACGCGGCAGAGUUUUGUCGUGGACGACGAUGACGAUGACGGGAUCGUGCUGCUGAAGGUGGAGCCGGAUGAGGAGAAGGACGGCGCUGAUGAGCUUCCAGCGAUCUUGACCUGCCGACCACUAGCGCUCACGCGACCGCGACCACAGGCGAAGGCCGAGACCGAGAGCGCGCGGCCGAAGAAGAGAGUGAGAAUCGCGGUGCGCCCGGAGGACCUGGAGACUGGUGAUGACGAACUUCAAGACGACACAGACGAGUCGCCGGCAGGUGGUCCGCCCCUACGGGGCAGGUCGAGCGCCGCCGACUCCAUCGACGUGGCAGUCGCGCCACGCAGCGAGAAAGUCGGACCAUUGGCCAAUGGCUGCGCGAUCAAGCAAGAGGCCGAUCGCGUGACGCCCAAGUCGGAGCAGCAGCCGCCGACGAGGGAUCCACAACCGGCGGUCGCCUUCAUUGUCACGUUGCGCGAGCUGUACGAAGAUGUGAUUCCACACCUCGACCUGUCGACCUGCAUUGACCUGCUCAAGGAUGCGGGCCAGCAGUUGGUGCCGUUCCUGCUCGGGCUCACCCGCACGCUGUCUGACGAGGUCCACCACCUGCGCCUGGAGGUGUCUCACCUGUAUCGCCGCGAGACCAUCAACAAGCGCGAGAGCGACCUCGCGGGCCAACGCGAGAUCGGCACCACGCUCGAUGCGUGGAAGGCCAAGAUGGACACCCUGGCCACCCUCUACCAGAUUCUCGAACACCUCUUUCGCCAUCUCACCACCAUCACCACCUCAUCAUCACCACCUCCACCAUCUUCAUCCUCUUCAUCUUCAUCAUCUCUGCUCGCCUCCUGCUGCGCUUACUUCGAUACGCCCAACGCGCGCCCGGUCGAGGUGCUCGAGUCGCUCUACGCCCACUUCACGAAGCUCUUCACGCAGUGCCAGAACUUCUUCCUCGCCGGACUGGUGAUCAAGGUCCUGCUCGCGCUCACCCGCGGCUUCCGCAAGCGCAAGUACAUCGCGUUCCCCAUCUACCGCGGCCUCUCGUCCGUCUUCCCGUCGAUGCACUUCCUCCCCUCCUUCCCGCGCUCCCUCGCACUCGGUCGACUCCCGCCACUGCCAGAAAAGUGGUUGAGCGGGGCGGCAGUCCAAGAAAGCGACGGCGCUGUUCCGUUUUGCGUCUACGUCGCCUUUCUGCUCCGGUCCCUUUCUUCUCUGCUCCCGCACUCCAAGCUCACGUUCGCGCUCAUCGACUUCCUGUGCACGAGGGAACUCGAGUACCACCACGUCUUCGCGUCCAUGCACCAGCGCAGCGUGCCCACCUUUUUGAGUGGGGUUCUGGUGCCCGUGAGCGGGCAUUGCGCGUCGCUGCUUGCGACCGCCGAGCGUGCUCAAGUGCUGAGCUCGUCCGGCGGCAUCUGCAGCCUCACGCUCGACUACCUGUCCCUGGCUACCCCAUCCGGGGCGGAUGCCAGGGUGCAAACGGUGCUGGCGGCCUGCAAGCGGGUGUUCGCAGCGCUGGAGCAAUGCAUGCGGAGUCUGCUGGCCGCUGUGUCGAGCCCAGCAGGCGGCGACGAUGAGGAGGAAGAAGCAGAGCGCCUGCCGCCGUCUGACCCGUCAUCGCAGCACCGGGGCGAGGCACUGUCAUUCCUGUCGCAGCUGGCGAGCUACGGCCAGGGCCUGCUCGAGGAGGUGCUGGUCAUCGACCUCAAGUCGCCCAAGAUGCGCGAGUUUCUGAGCGAUGUGAAGAGCACAUGCGGUCCCGGCAUCGAGACCGCGACCAGUGCCGGCCGGGAGGACCUCACACGGCCCCACCACGACCGUCACCAUCCGCGCGCUCGCAACGCCGACGAUGACGAUGACGAAGAAGAUGAAGAGGAGGAGCUUCUGAGCAGCGAAGACGACGACGAGGCGGAGGGAACGACGGGCUUUCCGUUCACGCUGCGCCGGAGGGGCGACCCCGCGGAGGAGUGGGGCCUUCCCGGAGAUGCGAAUGACCCACGCCGCGCACCCGGCAGCUGCUUCGAUGGUGAUGACGAUCGCGAUGGCGACCACGACCACGACGACGACGACGAUGAUGACGACGCGUCCCUCGAUGAGGACGCCAGCUUCGAGGUCUACGGCGAAGACGAGCUGUGCGACUCGGAGGAGGACGAAGAGGACGACCAUGGUGGCACGGCAGCGCGACGCCACACACAGGGCGGCGACGCCGACAGCAACGACAACGACUUGUACGAAUACGACCCACUGCUGACGGUGCUCGAUGGCUACAAGUCCGCCGCAGGCGCUUCGGAUGACGCCAACGGUGACGAUGAGUUCCGGGUCGUCUUCCACAAAUAA